AUUUUAUAUUUAUUGGACGUGAAAGUUGAUUGAAAUUUGGUUUAAUAGCAGCUUUGAGGUACGGAUGCCAUGCUAAUCUCUCUCUUCCCUUUCUCUCUCUAGGGCUUUCUUUGUCUCAUAUUGGCUUCACCUUCAUGUCUCUCACUUUCUCGCCUCAGAUUUUCUUUCCAAACAAGCCUUAGACUGAGAAACCCCUAGAAAGUCCUAGAGAAUUUCACUCUUUUCCUCUUUCUAUUCGGUUCUGCCGAUUGAAGAAAACCUCAUAGAAGCUGUAGAUCACCACCGUUUCAACGCAGUUGGAUCCGGUUCACUGAGACAGCGACAUCCUGUUUGGUUAUGUUCUUAUUGUUAGGUUUUUUGGAAGAAGCAUUAGUUUUUUUCAGGGUUCGAUAGUUCGUGUAAAAAGAAGAAAAACGGUGGCGUUCUGUUGGGUCGGCGCUGCCUCAUGCGAUUUGAUGCCGCCAGAACCGUUGCCUUGGGAUCGGAAGGAUUUUUACAAGGAGAGGAAGCAUGAGAGGACGCAGUCGCUGCCUCAGCAGCCACUGACGGCUCGAUGGAGAGAAUCCUCUUCCAUGUCGCCGUAUCAGCAUGCGUCUUUUAGAGAAUUCACUCGUUGGGGAUCCGCUGACUUCCGUCGUCCUCCUGGUCAUGGUAGGCAGGGCAGUUGGCACCUGUUUGCUGAAGAAAAUGGUGGUAAUGGGUAUGUUCCAUCGCGAUCAAGUAACAAGAUCUUGGAUGAUGAGAAUUUCCGUCAGUUGGAUUCUCGUGUAGAUGGGAAAUAUAGUCGAAACAGUAGGGAAAACAACAGAGGGUCUUAUAGCCAGAGAGAUUGGAGAGGUCAUUCAUGGGAAAACUGCAAUGGGUCCCCAAGCACUCCUGGGAGGCCUCAUCAUGUCAAUAAUGAAAGGAGGUCAGUGGAUGAUAUGCCAACAUACCUUUCUCAUACUCACUCUGACUUUGUAAACACAUGGGAUCAACUUCAAAAAAGCCAGCAUGAUAAUAAGACAAUUGCUGUAAAUGGGUUAGGCACAGGACAAAAAUGUCAGAGUGAGAACUUAGUAGGCUCGAUUGAUUGGAAGCCUCUGAAGUGGACUCGCUCUGGAAGCUUGUCUUCACGGGGUUCUGGCUUUAGCCAUUCAAGUAGCUCAAAGAGCUUAGGUGGUGUAGAUUCUGGUGAAGGGAAGCUUGAGUCGCAACAGAAAAAUUUGACCCCUGUCCAGUCUCCUUCUGGGGAUGCAGCAGCCUGUGUCACAUCUCCUGCGCCUUCUGAUGAGACAUCGUCAAGAAAGAAGCCACGCCUUGCAUGGGGUGAGGGUCUGGCCAAGUAUGAGAAAAAGAAAGUUGAAGGCCCUGAUACAAGCAUAGAUAGAGCUGGGGCUAAAAUAUCUGUCCGUAAUACAGAAUUUAACAAUUCUCUGAGUUCUAAUUUGGCAGAUAAGAGCCCUAGAGUCCUUGGAUUUUCUGAUUGUGCUUCUCCUGCAACUCCUUCAUCUGUUGCUUGCAGUUCCUCUCCUGGUGUGGAAGAAAAAUCAUUUGGCAAAGCUGCAAAUGUUGAUAAUGAUACUAGUAAUUUAUGUGGUUCUCCAACUCUUGGCUCUCAGAAUCAUCUAGAAGGGCCCUCUUUUAAUUUAGAGAAAUUGGAUAUCAAUUCAAUUAUCAAUAUGGGCUCUUCACUUACUAAUUUGCUUCAAGCUGAUGAUCCUUGUACAGUGGAUUCUAGUUUUGUUCGCUCUACUGCAAUAAGUAAGUUGCUACUAUGGAAAAGUGAUGUUUUGAAGGCUUUGGAGAUGACUGAAUCUGAAAUUGAUUCACUUGAAAAUGAACUUAAGUUGUUGAAAGGUGACUCCAGGAGCAGAUGUCCUUGCCCAGCAACAUCCAGUUCUUUUCCUGUCGAGGAACAUGGAAAAGCUUGUGGGGAGCAGGAGGCUGCAUCUAGUCAGAUCCCUCGACAUGCCCCUUUGCAGAUUGAUGCUUGUGGUGGUGUUCUUGUUGAGAAGCAACCCCUUUGUAAUGGUGUCCUGGAAGAAGUUAAUGAUGAUGUAAAAGAUGGGGAUAUUGAUAGUCCUGGAACGGCAACAUCUAAAUUUAUGGAACCAUUGUCUUUGGAGAAAGCAGUUUCUCCAUCUGAUGUAGUGAAGUUUCAUGAAUGUUCUGGUGAUUUUGGUACUGUUCAAUUGAUGUCAAUGGGGAAGGUGAUUUUAGCUACUGGUUCAGGUAAUGAAGGGACUGCCACAACCAUUUCUGCAGAAGGCAGUGUGCUAAAAAGGAUUGAUAAUGAUGCACAUGUUCCAGAAUCAUCUAACUCUGAUGUUGGCGGAGAGAAUGUAAUGUACGAAAUGAUAUUGGCCACUAAUAAGGAAUUGGCUAAUAUAGCGUCUGAAGUAUUUAAUAAACUAUUGCCUAAAGAUCAGUAUAACGCUGAGAUCUCUGAAAUUGGCAAUGUAGCAUGCACAGAGUCUGAUUCAGCAAUCAGGGAAAAAAUUGCAAUACGGAAGCAAUACUUAAGAUUUAAGGAGAGAGUUUUGACAAUUAAGUUUAAAGCAUUUCAAAAUGCUUGGAAGGAAGAUUUGCGUUCACCUUUGAUGAGAAAAUAUCGUGCAAAGUCCCAGAAGAAGUAUGAAUUCAGUUUACGAUCUACACACGGUGGCUACCAAAAGCAUCGGUCCUCCAUUCAUUCACGGUUCACUUUUCCUGCAGGAAAUCCGAUCCUGGAACCUAGUGUGGAGAUGAUGAAUUUUACUAGUAAACUACUUCUAGGUUCCCAUGGCAGGCUUUACAGGAAUGCUAUGAAAAUGCCUGCAUUAAUUUUGGAUGAGAAAGAGAAAAAGGUCUCGAGGUUUAUCUCUAGUAAUGGAUUAGUUGAAGAUCCAUGUGCAAUUGAGAAGGAAAGAGCUUUGAUCAAUCCUUGGACAUCCCAGGAGAAGGAAAUUUUUAUGGAUAAGUUGGCUGCCUUUGGGAAGGACUUCAGAAAAGUUGCUUCUUUUCUUGAUCACAAGACAACUGCUGACUGUGUUGAGUUCUAUUACAAAAAUCACAAAUCAGAAUGUUUUGAGAAAACAAAGAAGAAUGACCUGAGUAAGCAGCAAGGGAAAUCUGCUGUGAAUACCUACUUGUUGACAUCGGGGAAAAAACGGGGCCGUGAAUUGAAUGCAGCUUCCCUCGAUGUUCUUGGUGCAGCUUCAGUUAUAGCAGCUCAUGCAGAGAGUGGCAUGCGAAACAGGCAUACGUCUGGUAGGAUCCUUUUAAGAGGGCGUUUUGAUUCUAAAAGAUCUCAACUUGAUGAUAGCAUUGCUGAAAGGUCAUCUAAUUUUGAUAUUGUUGGAAGUGAUCAAGACACUGUUGCUGCUGAUGUCCUAGCAGGUAUAUGUGGUUCUUUCUCUUCAGAGGCAAUGAGUUCUUGCAUCACUAGUUCUGCUGACCCUGGAGAGGGUUACCAUCAUGACUGGAAGUGCCACAAAGUUGAUUCUGUGGUUAAAAGGCCUUCAACAUCUGAUGUGUUGCAGAAUGUUGAUGGGGAUACUUGUUCGGAUGAGAGUUGUGGGGAAAUGGAUUCUUCUCAUUGGACUGAUGAGGAAAAAUCUGCCUUUUUACAGGCUGUCUCAUCUUAUGGUAAAGAUUUUGAUAUGAUUUCACGAUAUGUUGGUACAAGAUCCAGGGACCAGUGCAAGGUUUUCUUUAGUAAGGCUCGUAAAUGCCUUGGACUGGACUUGAUACAUUCAAGAACCAGAAACAUGGGAACACCCAUGAGUGAUGAUGCCAAUGGUGGUGAGACUGAUACGGAAGAUGCUUGUGUCCAAGAGAGCUCAGUUGUUUGCAGUGAAAAGUUGGGAUCUAAAGUUGAAGAGGACUUGCCUUCCACUAUUGUGAGCAUGAAUGUUGAUGAAUCUGAUCUUACCAGAGAAGCGAAUUUGCAAUCUGACCAUAACAUAUCAGAGGGAAACAUUGAGAGGCUAGUAGAUCAUAAAGAUUCUGUGGCAGCAGAAGUUAACUUUUCCAAUGUGGAUCAAACAGAGCCAAUAUCCGAAUGUGGUGCUGGUGAUAUGGAUGUUGAUAGCAACCAGGCCGAGUCACUACAUGUUCAAAAUAAUGUUGCUUUGGCCAAUUUAAGUGCUCUAGAAAAUCAUGUUGCUGAAGAGGGUGUUUCUGGUGCAGUAUCAGCGUCUCAUAGGGGGACAGGAGAUUGUCAUCCUAGUUUAGAUGCUUCAGUUGAGCCCAAAUCUGGUGCUGCUGCUUUGUCUACUGAGGGGUUUGGAAAUAAUUUGGAGGCACAGGAAACUUUGUCAUCCAAAAAUGUUAUGGAUGUCCGUGAUACAAGAUGCAAUGCGGAGAUUGGCAGUCAAGUUAUUUGUAGGCCGGAUUUAGAUAAAAGUAGUGGUGAGUCCAUUGAUAAAAAUUCUUGUUUAGAUUUUAGCUUCAGCUCCGAAGGUCUGCAUCAAGUUCCUCUUGACUUGGGUUCUGCUGGAAAGCCUUCUAUCUUAUUAUUUCCAAAUGAAAACUUUUCUGCUAAAAAUUCUGCAUCACAUUCUGAUGCCUCUCAAUGUGAAAAAAUUUGCAACCAAGAUAGGUUGUCAGUGACACUUGCUUAUCAGGGGAAUGAAGACAAACAGCCUAACAAUGCUGUUAGUGGACAUGAGCCUGAGCAUUUAUCUGGAAAGCCCUCGGUGGAUCUUGCUGAAUUGCAAAUCUCCACUUUGAAAGAAAUGGAUAUUGAUAUUGGUCACUGUCAGUUGCCUGAAGUUAAAAGGCUUUCGACCUCAGAAAAGGGUGUUACUGGUUCAUAUUUAGUUCAAGAUUUUCUUCAAAAGUGCAAUGGUCCAAAAUCACCAUCGGAGUUUCCACAACUUGUCCAAAACUUAGAGCAAGCAAACAGCAGGCCAAAAUUCCACUCUCGUAGUCUGUCAGAUACAGAAAAGCCUUGCAGGAAUGGUAAUGUCAAGCUAUUUGGUCAGAUACUCAAUUCCAGUUCCCAGGAUGAUGGGAAGGUCCGUUUCCCUGAACAGAGCAUGAAAUCUUCAAAUUUGAACUUCAGAGGUUAUAACAAUGUUGAUGGAAAUGCAUCUUUCUCAAAGUUUGAUCAAAAUAUUAUUUUUGCACCGGAAAAUGUUCCCAGGAGAAGCUAUGGUUUCUGGGAUGGCAAUCGGAUACAAACUGGGUUAUCAUCUUUGCCCGACUCUGAAAUUUUAGUGGCGAAGUAUCCUGCUGCGUUUGUCAAUUAUCCUGCAUCCUCAUCUCAAAUGCAGCUGCAGGCAUCGCAGUCUAUUGUUCGGAAUACUGACCGAAACAUGAAUGGUGUUUCAGUUUUCACCCCAAGGGAAAUAAGCAGCAGCAACGGUGUGAUGGAUUAUCAAGUGUACGGGGGUCAUGAUUGUACCAAGGUGGUGCCUUUUGCCAUGGAUAUGAAGCGACGGGAGAUGUUCUCCGAGAUGCAAAGGCGAAAUGGGUUUGAUGCAAUCUCAAAUUUACAGCACCAGGGAAGGGGUAUGGUUGGAAUGAAUGUUGUGGGGACUGGAGUGGGAGGUGUUGUAGGGGGCUCCUGCCCAAAUCUUUCUGAUCCUGUAGCGGUACUUAGGAUGCAGUAUGCGAAGACGGAGCAGUAUGGUGGACAGAGUGGGAGCAUAAUGAGGGAAUAAGAGUCGUGGAGAGGUAAGGGGGACAUGGGCAUUCGCAGGUAGUAUAAAACCAAAUUCCUCAGCAGCAAAUAUUUCUUUGCUGCACACUGUAUAAUAGUUUUUUUGUCUUUGUUUUCAAUGAAAAUGAUGAUAGGGGCAAGCAGUGUCUUUUUUGGUAAAAAAAUAUUUAGGUCCCUUUGUAAUAUUUGCAGCAGCAGUCUUUGUAUUUGUUGUAUUUGAUGGAAAAUACACAAAAAUAAUCUGUCUAAAGUUUAGGAGGGCCAAUCCAGCAAUUUCACUGUUUCUUGUAGGGUGUAAACGAGAUACUUUGCUACAAGCUAUUCAAGUUCAGCUUGAAAAAAGUUUCGAAUUCAGUUAGAUGUGAAGCUGUGUUGAAUUGAGUAUUUUGCUUCUGCACGAGUUUAGCUUAUCUUUAUUGGUAUCGCAUUAUAAUUGAGAUUUGCAAGGGUUGAUCAGUUCAGAGGAAAUUUGUGUGCUCCGCAGGAGCGAGUUUUUUUAUAUUUCCCUUGCAUCUUAGGGGUAGUUAUACAAUUACAAUAUUUAGCAUCAAUCCGUGAUUUUCAUCUUGUAAAAACCAUGUCAAGAGUAGACAAGAGUUCAAAGUCUGAAA